AUGAUGAGCAAGCAGCCCUUACAACCGAGCAUCAGUGUCUGCUUGCAUGCAGACCACGUUGGUGUUGGUGAGGAUGGCUCGAGGCUUCUUUGGGACAGGCUCAACACUCAAGUCUUCAUUCGCCUCCUCGGCCGUCGCGUCGUCGGCUCGCUCAUGCUCAAGGUGCGCGUCGAUCUCCUCCUUCUGCGGGCCUGUCUUGCUGCCAGGCGUGAGGCCUUCAGGCAGGCCCUCAGUACCGAGCUCAGCCUCACCCACGACCAUCCCAGCCGCAGGGCCCCGCGCCUCGUCUACUCCUACAAGCUCUGCUUUCUGUGGAAGGCGGAGGCGAGGACGGAGGAGCCCUCGCCUUCGCCCUAG